AUGUUAAACAAGAUUACCAAUUUAUACUUUACAAUUUUACCUUUUAUUACAUUUAUAACUUCAUUCACACCACUAAUAUUACACGGUCAUAUUAAAAAAGGAAUGUCUAAAAAUUUUUUCAUUUUUUUUUACAUAAAUUGUUUGAUUUUUAAUUUUUUUAUCAAAAAUUUUAAUUUAUAUUUACUACACAUAUUAAGAAGAGCUAUAGAGUGUUUAAUAUUUAGAUAUAAUCAUAGUAAAAUGAAUUAUAUACAGUUUAUACAUGGUAUCAUAUAUUACAUCUUUUUAAGCUUACAUUUGAGAGAUAUAGAAGAAAUUAAUUUACCGGUAUUUAUUUUACUAAAUGUAUUCCAGACAUUAACACACAUUCUUGUGUUCAGAUAUAAAAGAUUUGUGUAUUCUCAUUAUUUUAGUGAAUUUUUAAUUUAUUUAUAUUUAUUUUAUAUAAAAAAAAGUAAAGAGUUAUUUUAUAAUACAAUGUACUUAAUAAUAUUUAUAUUAACAUCUAUUAUAAAUAGAAAUAAAAAGUAUUUGUAA